AUGGCGCUGCCGAAAUGGCUUACGGCCCAUGCCAAGUUGGUUUAUGUCUCAAGGUCCUCCAAGAAGGAGAUGGACGUGGUGGUCAAGCGCAUCUCCAACUCACAAAAAACAGUGUGCAUUGUCUUCGCCAAAGAUGGUGACUUGUUCGCAGCAAACUCCACCGACUUCACCUGUGUUAGCAUGGUCUUUGUGUUGGCAUGGGCUCAAGGCAAGACAGAGAUGCAGGUGCCCUUCGAUCAGAUUCUGAGCAAAUCUAAUCCUUUGAAGCUGCCGGACGUGUCAGCCGUUGAGGCCGUUUUUUCUUUUUUUUUUGUGGCCAGGCAUGGGCAAAAUCUCUGA